CUUUGUGGAAAAAGCAGUGAGCGGACAGUAGGAGGAGCGCUGAGAGUGUGUGUAUUAUUAGAAUAGCGACACACACACACACUCUUGUGCUCCCACUGCAAGCAUGGCUGGCGACAGUGAAACACAUCUUAAGGACAGAGCGGAGAACGAACACAACAUCCGACAGCCGUUCCUCAUCGGUGUGGCUGGGGGCACCGCUAGCGGAAAGUCUUCAGUAUGUGAGAAGAUCAUGGAGCUGUUGGGCCAGGAUAAGAUUGACUGUCACCAGCGGCAGGUGGUCAUCCUCAGUCAAGACAGCUUUUACAGGGAGCUCACACCUGAACAGAAAGCCAAAGCGCUCAAGGGCCAGUUCAACUUCGAUCACCCAGAUGCUUUCGACAAUGAGCUGGUCAUGAAGACUCUGCAAGACAUCAUUCAGGGGGAGACUGUGCACAUCCCAGUUUAUGACUUUGUUACCCAUUCCAGGAAGGAUGAGUUUGUGACUGUGUAUCCAGCAGAUGUGGUUCUCUUUGAGGGGAUUCUCAUGUUCUACUCGCAAGAGAUUCGAGAUUUGUUCCAAAUGAAGCUGUUUGUGGACACAGACCCAGACACACGCCUCUCGCGAAGAGUGUUGCGGGACAUAAGUGAGAGAGGCAGAGAGUUGGAGCAGGUUCUGAACCAGUACAUCACCUUUGUGAAGCCAGCCUUUGAGGAGUUCUGUCUUCCUACCAAAAAGUAUGCAGACGUCAUCAUCCCCAGAGGAGCAGACAAUCACGUGGCUAUUAAUCUGAUUGUGCAGCAUAUUCAGGAUAUCCUGAACGGAGGAUUCAACAAACGACAGAACAGUUUUCAGAACGGCCACGGAACCCCCAGACAAAGACGGCCCUCUGAGUCGAGUCGACCGCACUGACCUCACUGUGGCCCUUCCCUCCAUUGAGGAGAGGGCGGAACUGAAUAAUAACAGUGUACAUCCCAUUCACCCAAUGACAAUGAAGGGAUGCAGGAGCUGAAAUGCCUUUGUUAUUGUCACUAUUAUUUGCAUUUGAAAUGUUGUUGUUGUGGAUAAUAGUUUGCUGUUACAGGGUUUUGAAAGUGCUAUGAUUUUUUUUGUCGGCGUGUCUAUCUGCUUUCUUAGCUACUCAGAAAAUAAAUAAAUAGUUUGGAAAGUUUUGUUCCGACUGGAAGUAGAGACAACUUUGAUUACAGUGCUAUUUGCAUACAUACUUGAAGUCAGAGCUCAGGUUGGGUGGGUUGUUCCAUCCACAAAAGAAAAAGCCCCUAGUGCCUCAUGUUUGAGGCCCUUUAAUGUGUGAUUUUGUAAUUAUGGCACACUAGCAUUUUAUAUUGUUUUUUUUGUAGCUUUCUAGUUGAAUCUCAAUGUUGCUGUGGUUCUUACAAUUGUAGUGUUUUGUACAUAUGAUGUGACACAUUUUGUUGACAAUAUUUACAGUUUUACAAGUAAUGGUGCUUCUUUUUGACUACAAUAUCUCAGUGUGCAUACAGAGUAUUUUACCCUAAUUAUGCCUGAUCCCCAAUUACUACUAUCCUCC